UUUAGUGAAACCAUCGAGAGGACACCCCCUGCAUCUAGAGCAGCCCGACCUGCAGCGUAACCGGGUGGCGCGCGAACGUGAGAGGAAAGCCGUGCGCAGCUGCGCUUUCCCGCCCCUGAGUCGUUCUAGACGCCGGAAAAAUGCUUUCUGAAAGCAGUUCAUUUUUGAAGGGUGUGAUGCUUGGAAGCAUUUUCUGUGCCUUGAUCACUAUGCUAGGACACAUUAGGAUUGGUCAUGGAGAUAGAAUGCACCAGCAUAAGCAUCAUCACCUACAAGCGCCUAAUAAAGAAGAUAUCUUGAAAAUUUCAGAGGAUGAACGCAUGGAGCUCAGUAAGAGCUUUCGGGUAUACUGUAUCAUCCUUGUAAAACCCAAAGAUGUGAGUCUUUGGGCUGCAGUGAGAGAGACUUGGACCAAACACUGUGACAAAGCAGAGUUCUUCAGUUCUGAAAAUGUUAAAGUGUUUGAGUCAAUUAACAUGGAAACAGAUGACAUGUGGCUAAUGAUGAGAAAAGCUUACAAAUAUGCCUUUGAUAAAUACAGAGACCAAUACAACUGGUUCUUUCUUGCACGCCCCACUAUGUUUGCUAUUAUUGAAAACUUAAAAUAUUUUUUGUUAAAAAAGGAUCCAUCACAACCUUUCUAUUUAGGUCACACUAUAGAAUCUGGAGACCUUGAAUAUGUGAGUGUUGAAGGAGGCAUCGUCUUAAGUAUAGAAUCAAUAAAAAGGCUUAACAGCCUCCUCAGUGUCCCUGAAAAGUGUCCUGAACAGGGAGGGAUGAUUUGGAAGAUAUCUGAAGAUAAGCAGCUAGCAGUCUGCCUGAAAUACGCCGGAGUGUUUGCAGAAAAUGCAGAAGAUUCGGAAGGAAAGGAUGUAUUUAAUACGAAAUCCGUUGGGCUUUUUAUUAAAGAGGCAAUGACUAAUCACCCCAACCUUGUUGUAGAAGGAUGCUGUUCAGAUAUGGCUGUUACUUUUAAUGGACUGACCCCUAAUCAGAUGCAUGUGAUGAUGUAUGGGGUAUACCGUCUUAGGGCAUUUGGGCAUAUUUUCCACGAUGCGUUGGUUUUCUUACCUCCAAAUGGUUCUGACAAUGACUGAGAAGGGAAAAAAGAGCAUGUAUAUGAUCACCGUAUAGGACAGGUAUUGUCACUGUUUGUAGUUACAACUACAUAUCCAACAUAACAGUAUGUUUCUUUUUUUUAGUUUGGUGAUACUGGUUUAAUUGAACAUUGAAGUUUAGUGGUGCAUUUUGAAAGAGGGUGGGGUUUUUUUUUUUCCUUAAAACACAUGAAAAUUUCAAACAUACUGGAAAGAAAUGUUUUAAGGCUAAUUUUGCAAAUAAAAGGUAUAUUUAUAAAUAUUAUAUUUAUGUGAUAAACCCUAAAUUAUGAAUCUGUGGCACAUAUUUUUGCUGAUCGGUUAAAAAAUUUAACAUGUCUUUCUGGCUUUCUAAGAUAUGCAAGUACAGUCUCUAGUUGUGAAUUUGUGAUUAAAGUAAAACUUGGAGCUAUGUGUUUCCAUUAC